GCUCAACGUCCACCAUCAACUCAUCCAGACACAACAACCAUGCCGCAACCACAGACAGGCAUACACGGGCCUCUGCUGCUCGAGGAGCCGCUUAUCAGGACGCCUUACGAACUCCUCCGCCGAUCCCACCGCUCGGCGCAGCGACAGGUCGAGAAGGACUUUAUCGCUGUACAGACGCAACUCUCCUCCCUCCUCAAGUCGUUUUCCGGCUCGGACGGCGACGCAGCCACGGCGCAGACCAAGCUCGACGCGGCGUCGGAGCGCGUGCGCGGGCUCAAGCGCAAGCUCGACGACCUGCAGCCUUCGGCCGCGGCGCCGAGCGUGCUCCGCGACAGGCUCAAGCAUGUCGAUGAGGCGCUGCUCGCGCCCAAGGGGGCGAAAGUGGCUGAGGACAAGACACUCGACCGAUACAUUGCCGACCACCUCCUCCGCACCGGGCGCAUGAAGACGGCGCGCACGCUCGCCGAGUCGGCGGGCAUCGAGAGCCUCGUCGACCUCAAGCUGUUUGCCGAGCUCACCAAGAUUGAGAAGGCGCUGCUCGAGAAGAACAGCUGCGCGGAAGCGCUGGCGUGGUGCGGCGAGAACCGCGGCACGCUCAAGAAGCAGGGGAGCAACCUCGAGUUCGCGCUCCGCCUGCAAGAGUUUAUCGAGCUGUGCCGCAAGCGCGACACGGCAGGCGCGCGCGCAUACGCAGCCAAGAACCUCGCCCAAUGGGCCGCUACGCCAGAGAUGCAGCAGGGCGCAACGCUGCUUGCGUUUGGCGAGACGACCGGCGUGCCGCGGUACAGAAAACUGUACGACCGCGCAAGGUGGCAGCAGGUGCAGGUGCAGUUCCGCGAGACGUUCCUGGGCAUCUACGCGCUCCCGAGCCAGUCGCUGCUUGCGCUCUCCCUGUCGGCGGGGCUGAGCUCGCUCCGCCUCCCGGCCUGCGUGACGACCGAGGUGCCAGGCCGGGCAGCAGCCCAGGCGGCCCCACAGCCCGCCGCGCCGCUCAUCCCGACCGCACCAAACCUCCUCGUGCUCGGGCUGGACGGGCUCGCGCCCGCCGACGCCGCGCCGGCAGUCGCGCCCGUGCCUACCCCCACCGGCGACGAGAGCGCGCCGCCAGAACCGUACGCGGGCAACGUCGACUGCCCCACGUGCGCAGAGCACAUGCGCGUGCUCGCUAGAGAGGUGCCGCUCGCGCACCAUGUCAACUCGACCCUCGUGUGCAGAAUCACGGGCGACGUGAUGGACAGCGAGAACGAGCCAAUGGCUUUCCCCAACGGAAACGUCUACUCGUCCAAGGCGCUCAUCCAGAUGGCAAAGGAGCAUCACGACGUCGUGACGUGUCCUAGGACACACGAGGCUUGUGCCUUUACCCACCUGCGCAAGGUCUACAUCUCGUAGUGUGGGUGCCGUGUUAGUUGUAUCUCUGUUGCAUAUAUUAGUGGAAUCGUA